AUGGAUGAUCGAAGCUCACAAGUACUGACAAUCGCGAUUAUAUCCAUCGUCGUAACGUGGGUCACUGUGGGAUUCCGCGUAUAUUGUCGCGCUUGGGUGCUUCGGUCGUUCAGAAAAGAUGACACUAUUGCUCUCGUUCUCCAAUGCAUCUUUAGUAUGUACUUGACAACCCAGAUCCUUGGGUGGAAGUACGGGACAGGAAAGCAUAGAUCUGCCUUAUCACCAGCGGACUAUAGGCAAGCUAUGUUGUGGUGGUUUAUAUGCGAGCUGCUAUACAUCAUUUCUACAUGUUUGCUGAAGAUCUCGCUUGGAUUAUUCCUGAUGCGGUUGGCCACCGAGGAAAGUCACAUGUGGUUCCUGCGUGUCCUCACCUUCGGCACGGCCCUAUUCGGCACCGCGUACUUCUUUAUGGUCGUUUUCCAAUGUCAACCACCGAAAACGUUCUGGGAAGUUUCCCCUCGCGCCCCUGGAAAGUGUUGGAACGAUAAAAUUGUUCUUUCGUUGACUUUUAUGGCAUCGGCAGUCAAUUGCCUCACAGAUUGGACAUUUGUAACCCUACCCAUGUGUAUGGUUUACUCAAUGAAUAUGCCCACGCGCCAGAAGGUGUUGGUCGCCUGUAUCUUGGGUUUUGCAGCAAUUGGCAGCACAGCAACCAUAGUCCGCAUGUUCUAUGUGUACAAGGUCCUUGAGGGGAACGAUUUUCUCUAUGAGACAACCGAUUUGGCAAUAUGGAGCACUGUCGAACCGGGCAUUGGGAUUGCAGCUCUCUCCAUUGCAGCCUCAAAGCCACUGUGGAGAUAUUUUCUAUUCUGGCUUGGUCUCUCCGCUAGGGGACCAAAUAAUCGAGCGUGGGUCGCUCGCAAUCAAGUGAACGCACAGCGCGCAAGUCACCUCAGGAAUGUAGCAGAGGACGGAGAGCGGGUGAGGAGACUUCGAGUAGAGUACGCCACGAAUGCGUCCCUGGCGUCAAGGCCAUCUUCCACGACGCAUAUAGUUACAUCUGGUGCGCAUACAGAAAUCACGCCUUGGACUCAGACCUCAUCCCAGGAUAAAGCUGAACCCUUCGACUCUGACCUCGUAAGACAGCAUGGUCACGAUAGCAGUCGCACGAGAGAUUCAGUGCUAGAGCGUCUACCAGUUCUGCAGAACGGGUUCUUGGUCAGUUUCUUUAAAUCAAUUACCAUGAAUUCUAGCUAACCGGUUGUCAGGGAUCCGAUAUACCGGAACGCGGUCGCUCCCCAAGUCUGCCUCCCUUACCCCAGUUCCCUUCUCUCUUUGCCGCGUGCAGCGCGAACCAGCAACUGUCUAAAUCCUCAUCUGAAGAGUGACGACACAUGUCGUCCACAAGCGAUGCAAUAUGGCAUAUUGUCUCUGACUAGGUCUCGAGACG